GUGUGUGUGUGUGUGUGUGUGUGUGUGUGUGUGUGUGUGUGUGUGUGUGUGCGCGCGCGCAAGACCAUGGGCAUGUCAACUAUUUAGAAUCCGUCAUAACAACAGAAGACAUUAGCGCUGUGUAACACCACCAAGAGGUAUGACAGGCUCAUGCAGGCAGCAGUGAGACCCUUCAUCAGAGUCAUGUUUGUUGUAUCUCCGUGUGUUGUUAAGAAAUGGGUGUACAUGAACUAUGGUCCAUUCUGGAACCAGUCCGAGAGUCUGUGUCUCUGUACAGCCUCACUGGAAAGACGCUCGCUGUGGACCUCAGUUUGUGGGUUUGCGAAGCACAGCAUGUUCAAGCAAUGAUGGGUAAAGUGCACAAACCACAUCUUCGGAAUCUGUUUUUUCGCGUGUCGUCACUCCUACUGAUGGGAGUGAAGCUGCUGUUUGUUAUGGAAGGAGAACCUCCUAAACUCAAGGCAGAGACAAUGAGUAAACGAACAGAGAUGAGAUUUGGAGGGUUUCAGAAGAAAGCACCCAAAGCCAAACCAGCCAAAAACACCGGUAGAGGGCGCUUUAACGCUGUUCUCCGAGAGUGUGCUGCGAUGCUGGACUGCCUGGGUGUGCCAUGGGUGACUGCUGCUGGGGAGGCUGAGGCUAUGUGUGCCUUCCUGGAUCUUCACGGCUUCGUGGACGGCUGUAUCACCAACGAUGGGGACGCCUUCCUAUAUGGAGCUCGAACCGUCUACAGGAACUUCAACAUGAACACAAAGGAUCCUCAGGUGGAAUGCUACAAAAUGUCCAGAGUGGAAGAGGAUCUCCAUCUGUCCCGAGAGACUCUGGUGGGGAUGGCGGUGUUCCUUGGCUGUGACUACAUCCCCAAGGGCGUGCCUGGGGUUGGAAAGGAAAUGGUCCUGAAACUGAUACACAGCCUUAAAGGACAGAGCCUUUUGCAGAAGUUCACAGAGUGGAAGAAUGCCGGUGCUCCAGAGCAGGAGAAGGUUGUUAAGAAAGUCCCCCACUGUCCUGUUUGUCGUCAUCCAGGCUCAGAGAAGGCCCAUGAACGCAACGGAUGUGUGUGGUGUGGCAGCGCCCACUUCUGCCAGCCCCAGGACUAUGACCUGCAGUGCCCAUGUGACUGGCAUUGCUCUGAGCGCCUACGCCAAGCCAACGCCACUGAGACCACUGUCAGGAAGAAAACGUUGGCUUGCGAAAGCUUCCCUUUUACUGAGAUCAUUGAUGAAUUUCUGGUCAGCAAGGAUAAACCUAUUGAACCUCUCCGCAGAAGAAAACCAAAUCUCUUGUCCAUGCAGAAUUAUGCCUUUGAUAAAAUGGAGUGGCCAAAGGAAUACACCAGUGAGAAGCUCCUACCCCUGAUGACCUACACUGAACUGGUCAACAAGCAGCACGGCAGGGACACAGUUGUUCAGAUGCAGCCUAUUCGUAUAUACAAGCCAAGAGUGAGAAACGGAAUCUCCUGCUUUGAAGUCAUCUGGAAGAAGCCAGCGCAUUACGUGUUCCCCGAGGAGCAAGAGGUGGAGAGGCACGAGGAGGAGGAGGUGGUGAGGACUGUGGAGGAGGAGGCUCUCUUCAGACUGGCCUAUCCACUCAUCGCAGAGCUCUACGCCAAGGAGAGAGAAGAGGCCCACACAAACAAACUCAAAAAAAAGAAACCGAAGAACAAGAAGGAGAAAUCUACAGACAUGGCAUGCAAGGACGACGACGACGUCUCAGACCUCCUCUCUCGAAUGACGCUGAAAAAACACUCUGCCGAAAAGCCAACGAGUGCCACUACCACUACAGCUACGGCAGUUGCAGCAACGAUACAGUCGGGCGAGAAGCUCCCCCGAGAUGAGAUCCUUCCAGACAUGUCUGCUGCCGUGGGAGAACGAGAUGGCGAUGAGAACGAGGUCAACAUUCAACCAGGUGAGGAGAAGCCUAAUAAGGUAGAGGUGGUGGAGGUUGAGAAGCCUCUUCCACAGUCUCCUCUGCCGGGCCCCUCUGCCUCCCAGGCCCUCCAGGCCACCACACCUCUCUCCACAUCCACCGUCAUGGACAAGCUGCACCUUAGUGACAUUGACUGGGAGGCCUGCUCCUUUACCGCAUCAUCCCCCUCUCAGGCGCCAGGAGCAGGAACCAGCCCCCAAGCCUCUGUAGCAUUGGACGGUUCCGUACUGACCUUAGGUGACAGAUCGCCGGUCAUUCCUGUGAUCAAAAGCAGGAAUAGAACCGAAUCUGAACCCUUGGCCGAAACGGAACUGUGUUCACUAAGGGAGAGGGUUCUCAUGAGGAACGCGGCAGUGAGGUCCAUAAGUGCGUCUGAACCGCCUGCCGUCACAACAACAGGGAGGUCAGAGGUCAAGUCUGCUCCUGUUGAGGGAGAGGAUUCCGCCGUAAUAAAUGCAAAAUUUGACACUGGACGCUCGAGACAUGAGAAGGAAUUGUUAUCUGUUGUUGAACCACAGUCGCAACCACUGUCAAAGACCCUACAUAAAAAUCCUCAACCACUCAUGAUGAAUGAAUCUCAAAAACCAGUAAAGGGCCCCAGUGGUCCAAUGGUUCAGUCCGGAAAGUUCCAACCGCUCAGAAAUGUAGCGCAGGAACCUGUAAAUAGUCUAGAAUCUAGAAUUUCAUCUCAAGUUGUCUCAAAAACAGCCGUUGUGACAAUUUCCACAGCCACAAACAAAGCAAAACAACCCAAUUUAGAGAGCGCAAACCCACCAGUCAAAUACAAAUUUGUCAAGACUAGUAAAGCAUAUGCCCCUGCUCUUCUGCAGCAGCAGGCCGAGGCUGAGGACCCUUCCAGCCCAACACUACCCAGAGACGCAGAGCCAGACCUAGACCCAGCACCAGCACCUAUCAGGCAAACCCAAAACCCAGACCCAGCACCAGAGCCAAGGCCAAGGCCAAACCCCAAGCCAGUACCAGAGCUGAACCCAAACCCAAAAGUUAACCCAAAGCCUCGCAAGCCCUCCAAGCCCAGUGUGUGUGUGGGCUUGGUGUACUCGAGCGAUGACAGCGACGUGGAGAAUCAGCCCAGGGGGCAGCGAUCGGUCAGCAAGGCCAGCAAAGCCAAGUUCAAACCCAGACCUAAAUCCGUCUAUCCCAAUGCCAUCUACCCCAAAGGUCAGAAGGCCUUCCCUGCUGUGGCCUCCAGGAGAGCAGUAGGAGCUGGCACCCAGCCAAAGCAGACACCACCACAGCCACCGCUGCCAACCACUGCCACUUUAUUGAUGCCAAUCACCACAGCAACGACCUUGGCUGUACCCAGAUCAGAUGCGGCUGUGGGCUUAUCGCCUCGUCUGCCCGAGUGCCUGCCGCAGAGGACUGAGAGAGCUGAGGCGACGGAAGUAAUAGAUCUCUGUCUGUCCGCCCCAUCCUCUCCUUCGACUUCUGCUGCACCGAGUGAGAUCGAUGACUCCGUGGUCUCCAUUGAAAGCCCCUUGCCCCUUGCUGAGAGACUGAAACUGAAGUUUGCCAAGUGAGCUUCAAAAGAUAUUCACAUGUCGUAUUGGGUCCUUGUGUUUUGUCCAUGUGAAAUUAGUCUGUUUUUUUAAAUUAAAUAAAGCUUUGUCAGCUUA